AUGCAUCAAUAUUUUAUGUUCACUUCCUGCCUUUUAAACAUAUUUAUGUGUACAUACUGUUGUGUAGCUAUUUAUGGUUUAUUGCUUUCCAAACAUAUCCUUGUUGGCCACACAAAGCUGUGGUUUGAUCCACCCCUGGUGUCUCAAAUCCUUGUUGGCCAUACAAAGCUGUGGUUUGAUCCACCCCUGGUGUCUCAAAUCCUUGUUGGCCACACAAAGCAGUGGUUUGAUCCACCCCUGGUGUCUCAAAUCCUUGUUGGCCACACAAAGCUGUGGUUUGAUCCACCCCUGGUGUCCCAAAUGUCACUUCUUAGGAGAUGGAACCAGGUAUGUAGGAUUUGCCCUGUUGGCUUGCCAUCCAGAAUGGGAUUUUGUGACCUCAGGGAGGACAGAACUUCUGGUAGCAGCCCAGAGGGGAUAAAAUGA